UUCCCUUCCAAUUUCCACGAAUCAUACAAUAUCGGGGAUGGAAGCUUCCAAGGUAUAAGAAGAUUCAUGAAAUUAUAGAGAGUAAAGAUGCUGAGAUCAUUGUUAACUUAGAGCCGACCACAGAGGAGUUGGAGACGGAGUCCGUUCGUUUGGCCCGUGAUAUAUUUGAUGUAAGAUGUCAGAAACGUCUUCCUUUAUGUUGAUAUUUUAUAUUUAAUUUGACAUGUUAUAUAACUGAUACAUACAUUGCUUCAUUCUGUAAAGCACUAAAGAUGAAGAUGAUGAAGAUAUGGAGGAGAAAUCGGGACAGGGAGAGGGGGAAGAGGGUGGAGAGGGAGAAGAAGGGGGAGAGGAAGACAAUACUGGUGAUGGAGAGGGAGAGGGAGCGGGGUUGCAACUCACUGGGGAGUCGAUGGAAGAUAGGGAGGAGCUGGAGGUGCAGAGGCUUCAAUUGGAGAGAGAGAGGGAAGAGUUGAAGCUUCUCGAACGCACACUAAAAGAGAUAGAAGAAUCGAUUAAGAGGGAGAGAGAAGUAGUACUCAAUGAGGUUGAACUAAUGUUGAAACUGAAAGAAGCUUUGAGGUUAGAGAAGGAGGAGUUGAAUGAGAGGGAGGUUUUGAAGAAGGAGAGGGAAAUGCUGCUGAGGGAGAAGGAAGAAUUGAAGAAGGAGAGGGAAGAGUUGGAGGAGGGUAAAGUGGAGUUGAAGAAGUAGA